AUGCUUGGAUCUGGAAGAAGACGAGAAGAUGAUGAUGAAGCGAUUGAAAGUGAGGAAGAGUAUGUGGUUGAUGAUCUAAGAGAUCGAAUUAAAUCUUCACGUGCAAGCCGCUUUGAUCUGCUGACGAACGAGCUUGGACUUGAAUCAAUUAAGAGGAAAUUCAACACAGAGAUCAGUCUUCUUGUCAAUGGCAAUGACAAUGGCAAUAGAUAUCUCCCCAUAUCCAUCAUCAUCUUUCCGGAUACCAGGUGGUAUCGUUUGUGGGUCAAAUUCAUACUUAUAUGGGCAAUUUACUCAUCUUUCUUCACUCCCAUGGAGUUUGCCUACUUCAAUGGACUGUCUAAGAAGCUCCUCAUCCUGGAUACAGUUGGACAAAUUGUUUUCCUGAUUGACAUUGUAUUACAAUUCUUUGUUGCUUAUAGAGAUAAUCAGACUUAUAAGUUUGUCUAUAAGCGGACGCCAAUCGCUCUUCGGUACCUGAAAUCUCAUUUCAUUGUUGAUCUUCUUGGAUGCAUGCCUUGGGAUAUUAUCUAUAAGGCUUGUGGAAGAAAAGAAGUAGUGAGAUACCUCCUAUGGAUCAGGCUGAGUCGGGUUCGCAAAGUCACAGCUUUCUUUCACAAGACAGAGAAAGAUAUAAGGAUUAAUUAUCUUUUCACUCGGAUUGUUAAACUCAUUAUUGUUGAGCUUUAUUGUACCCAUACAGCAGCUUGCAUCUUUUACUAUUUGGCUACAACUUUACCUGAGGAGCAAGAAGACUAUACAUGGAUUGGGAGUUUAAAGAUGGGUAAUUAUAGCUAUUCACACUUCAGAGAUAUUGACCUAUGGACUCGAUACAUAACAUCUCUAUACUUUGCCAUUGUUACCAUGGCAACUGUCGGUUAUGGAGAUAUACACGCAGUCAAUACAAGGGAAAUGAUUUUCGUAAUGAUCUGUGUAUCUUUUGACAUGAUUCUUAGUGCCUAUUUGUUAGGGAACAUUUCAGCAUUGAUUGUAAAAGGAUCUAAGACAGUGAGGUUCAGGGAUAAGAUGACAGACCUGACCAAGUACAUAAACCGGAAUAGAUUGGGUAGAGAUAUUCGUAAUCAGAUCAAAGGUCAUUUGCUAUUGCAGUAUGAGAGCAGCUAUACAGAAGCUUCUGUUCUUCAGGAUAUCCCUAUCUCUAUUCGUGCUAAGAUUUCUCAGACUUUAUAUAAAACUUACAUUGAAAAUGUUCCUCUUUUCAAGGGAUGCUCUCCAGAAUUCAUUACUCAAAUAGUAAUUAAAGUUCACGAGGAGUUUUUUCUUCCAGGAGAAGUGAUAAUGGAACAAGGAAAUGCUAUUGAUCAAAUCUAUUUCAUAUGUGAUGGUACAUUGGAGGAAGUGGGAAUAAGGGCAGAUGGAACAGAAGAAACAGUUUCACUUCUAGAAACUUAUAGUUCAUUUGGUGAAAUAGCUAUUCUCUGCAAUAUUCCUCAACCUUACACAGUUCGGGUUUGUGAGCUAUGUAGACUUUUACGCGUGAAAAAACAAUCAUUCUCCAAAAUUCUCGAGAUACAUUUCCUUGAUAGGCGAAGAAUCUUUAACAAUCUUCUAGAGGGUAAGGAAACAAAUCUUCGUUUUAAGAAUAUGGAAUAUGACAUCAAUAUUCACAUAGGCAGACAUGAAGAAGAACUCACUCUUCGAGUUAAUAACGCGGCUUAUUAUGGAGAUUUACCUCAGCUCAAGAAGUUAAUCAGAAUAGGAGCUGAUCCAAAUAAGUCAGAUUAUGAUGGAAGAUCACCAUUGCAUGUUGCUGCAUCAAGGGGCUAUGAAGAUGUCACUCUGUUUCUUAUCCAACAAGGUGUAGACAUCAAUGCAUCAGAUAAAUUUGGAAACACACCACUUCUAGAAGCCAUAAGAAGUGGACAUGAUAGAGUUGCAUCAUUUCUUCGUAAUGGAGGGGCGUCGUUGAAGAUUGAUGAUGCUGGGAGCUUGUUAUGUACAACAGUGGCAAGAGGUGAUUGUGAUCUUCUGAAAAGACUAUUGGCUAAUGGUCUUAACCCAGAUUCUUGUGAUUAUGAUAAUAGAACACCACUUCAUUUGGCUGCUUCACAAGGAUUGUAUUUCAUGGCUAAGUUGCUUGUAGAAGCUGGUGCCAGUGUCUUUGUAAAGGACAGAUUUGGAAAUACUCCAAUUGAAGAGGCACAAAUAUCUGGAAACAAGAACAUGAUGAAGCUCUUGCAAGAUGCCAAACUUAACCAGUUUUCUCAGGGAAUUAAAGAUGAGAAAGUGCAGAAAAUGAAGUGUAGUGUUUUUCCUUAUCAUCCAUGGAACUACUCCAAGGAUGAAGUAAAAGAGAGAAAAGAUGGAGUUGUGUUGUGGGUACCAAACACCAUUGAUGAUCUCAUUCAAACAGCAUCAAAACACCUAAAUUUGCCAUGGGAUUGUAAUGGUAAUAAUAAUGAUAGUUAUAUAUUAUCAGAAGAUGGUGGUAAAAUUCUGGAUGUGGAAAUGAUCAAUGAUUACCAAAAAUUGUACUUAAUUACUCAAACACAUUCUAAUUAGAUUUGUUUUUACUGUCAAAGCUCAAUGU